AUGGCAUAUGCUUGCAGAUCGUUAAUGGCAUAUGCUUGCAGAUCGCAUAUGGCAUAUGCUUGCAGAUCGCAUAUGGCAUAUGCUUGCAGAUCGCAUAUGGCAUAUGCUUGCAGAUCGCAUAUGGCAUAUGCUUGCAGAUCGCAUAUGGCAUAUGCUUGCAGAUCGCAUAUGGCAUAUGCUUGCAGAUCGCAUACGGCAUAUGCUUGCAGAUCGCAUAUGCAAACAUAUGGCAUAUGCUUGCAGAUUGCAUAUGCUUGCAGAUCGCAUAUGCAAAUAUAUGGCAUAUGCUUGCAGAUUGCAUAUGCUUAUCGCAUAUGCUUGCAGAUUGCAUAUGGUUGCAGAUCGCAUAUGGCAUAUGGUUGCAGAUCGCAUAUGGUAUAUGCUUGCAGAUCGCAUAUGGCAUAUGCUUGCAGAUCGCAUAUGGCAUAUGUUUGCAGAUCGCAUAUGGCAUAUGCUUGCAGAUCGCAUAUGGCAUAUGCUUGCAGAUUCGCAUAUGGCAUAUGCUUGCAGAUCGCAUAUGCUUGCAGAUCGCAUAUGCUUGCAGAUCACAUAUGCUUGCAGAUCGCAUAUGCUUGCAGAUUGAAUAUAAUUGAAUAUGGUUGCAGAUCGCAUAUGGCAUAUGGUUGCAGAUCGCAUAUGGCAUAUGCUUGUAGAUCGCAUAUGGCAUAUGCUUGCAGAUCGCAUAUGGCAUAUGCUUGCAGAUCGCAUAUGGCAUAUGCUUGCAGAUCGCAUAUGGCAUAUGCUUGCAGAUCGCAUAUGGCAUAUGCUUGCAGAUCGCAUAUGGCAUAUGCUUGCAGAUCGCAUACGGCAUAUGCUUGCAGA